AUGCUCAAAAAGCGCUAUGCGGUCUACGAUUUCGAUGGGUCCUUGGCGGAGCUCAAGGGAUUUGAGGUGAAGCGUCGUGGGGAGCUUCGCUUGAUCCAGGUCUUUCAGACGGAGGUCUUUCCAGAGUUUCUGAAAGGCGAAAGCAAGGAAGAGGUUUGGAAGAUUGUUGGUGCCAUGGCCAACCGUUGGCUGGACGUCAUCGAAUCUAGGGGGAGCACCAUGACAAAUGACGAGGUGAUCCACUUCUUCUCGGAGAACAAGACGAUGAGCAAGUCCGUGGAAGCUGUGGGAAGCUACAAAUGUGUGCAGGCGACCACUGUGCGGCGCCUGGCCGAAUUUUUGGGUGUGCCCUCCAUGCUGCAGGCGGAAGGGAUCAGUGCUCACAUGCUCAUCGCCAACAAGCCGGUGGGUGCCAGUUGCACUGAGCGCGCAAUUCCAGUGAAGAUCUUUUUCGCAGAGGAAGCGGUCAAGAAGGUCUGGCUACGCCAGUGGCUUCAAGAUUCCAGCCUCACAGACUUUGACAUGCGCUCAAUCAUUGACUGGGACUACUACAAGGAACGCCUUUGUGCCGUCUUCCAAAAGCUCAUCAGCAUUCCGGCCGCCUACCAGAAGAUAGCGAACCCUUGCCCACGCGUCAAGGUCCCCGAAUGGCUUCGCAAGCGUGUGGCCGAGCAGAACGACCACUUCAAGCAGCGUAGCUUGAAUGCCUGGCUUCGUACCAAGUGCCAACCAGAAGAGGCUUCGGAGAACCACAAGCGCAAGAUGGAUGAUAUGGAGGAUCUUGCUGGCCUCCCGGAGCCCAAGAACUUCGGGGAGGGACCCAAGAAGUGGCUCGAGGUUCAGCGCCUGCGCUGGGGAGGCCGGCAGAAAAGGGCCAUUGGCAAUCCUCCCUCUUUGACUCCACCUCAACUUGGUCAUCUGUGCCAGCGGAGGUGCUUUUUGGGACUUGGCACAUCUUGGCCAUUGAGCCCAGUAGCGUUGCGCGCAGCUCGCUGGAUGUCAAGGUGGGUGACACGGUGCUGGCGGAGAUCCCAGUGGAUUACUUGGACGACUUAG